AUGGCGAUGGACAAGGAAUUGUAUUGGAAGUUGCAAAACUUGGAGGAUCAUCCUGACGCGAUCCCCGAAGCCCGAACCCGGUUGAUGGAUCUCUUGGACCAGACGAUAUCGGAAGCCACCACUCGACCGAAAGGUACCAUCGUCGACAUGCCCACCUACGACCGCCAGAACCUGAGAGACUUCUUGUCGACCGCCCACAAAUCUUCGGCAUCGCGAUAUGAAGCCUACAUCAAGCGGAGAAAGGCUGGCGGACCGAGAGAAAUGUUCCCGACUCGCGAAUACGCGCAAGAAUGGGUCAAGCUCGCCGCGGUCGUCAAGUACGUCGAUGGAGGUUGGUUGGGUGGAGUCCUGGAUAUCGGGUCGGGCAAGAACAAGGGAUUGGGAGGGCAAGGUGGGGGAAAGUUGGAGAGGAUGGUGGGCAAGAUGGCUUGGCAGGUCAUCUCGGAGGAAUUCGGAGAUGGGGAUCUCGAAAAGAAUCACGUCUACGUCUACGAGCAGUUGUUGGACCAGCUGCAUCUCGGAGGCAAGACCGAGGACGGGCAUACUCGACCGGGAUACAUGAGGGACUUUGACGGUCUCGCCAAGGACCAAGGUGUACCCCGAUGCUGGACCGCCGCGAUCGCUCAACAAUGCAUCGGACUGCUAGCCUCCACCCGAGAUUUCUUCCCGGAAGCCAUCGGUUUCAACAUGGCCUACGAGUCUCUACCCUAUCACCUCUUGGUCACUACAAGAGAACUGAGAGAGCUCAAGAUCAACGACUAUUACUUUGCCUUGCACGUCUCCAUCGACAAUGCCGAUAGCGGGCAUGCCGCACUCGCCCGGUUGGCCGUCGAGCGUUACCUAGAAGGUGUCCGAGAGAGGGACGGAGAGGCUGCCAUGCAGUACAUGUGGAAACGAGUUCAAGCGGGUUAUACCCUCGCCGAGGGACUCCCUACUACCCCCUCUGGUCCAGUCAACUUUGAACAGGUCAAGCGGGAGGAAGACGGAUCUACCCGCUGGAGGGCUGUUACAAGUUCCAAGGUCGUCCCAGCUCCCACCCCGAUCGAGGACAAGGUCGCUGCGCUCAUGAUCCGAAAAUCAGAAGCCGCCGCCAAGAUGCACUGUCCUUCCCGUAUGACCAUCAAGGGGCAGACCAUCGAACAGUGGUUGGAACCCAGCACGCUCACUUCGGAAAAGGCUCUCAUGUUCAUUCGAGCUCUGGGCGAGAAGAAACCUUGGGUCAAAGCUGGGGAUGCUGCAGGGAGCAAACUGAUCAAGGAGCUCGAAUGGGGUGGUCGGAUGUUCGGAGCGUUUUCGAGGGCAGAGACCGAGUUAAUGCGAGAAUGGGUCAGGAAGAUGGCAGAUGAGGAGGAAGAGGUCGUGACAGCCGGUGCUUACCGCGACUUUGUCGGAGAGUACAAGAGUCAGGCCGGCGCUCAGGCCGAUUCGGCUUCAGUCUUUGGCAAGAGUCUCGAUGAGCUGGUGUCGACAGAUCUUUCCGUCAACCCAGCCGAUAUCGUCCGAGGUUGGAACGUCAAGGACAUUGCCGGUGACGACCUCGAGACCCUCUUUACUCGACCCAUACCUGCUACAACCACAUCACCCCGCAUGGACAACCUCCUCCCGCUCUGGUUCCUCUCGACCUCGCUUCUCGAACACUUCCCCCUUUCGCCUACCAAGUUUGCCACACCGCUCGGGAUGACAGUCUUACGCCUGCUCCGCUCGCAGCUCGGUUUCGGCGCGCUGCAUCACCAGCAAGACAUUUGCGCUGGGAUCGACGACGUCAAGUCGGAGCACGAACAGGGGGACAUGGUUGGGCUGUGGGAACUUGGAGAGAAGCUGCAUCUCGCCCGAGGUGAAGGGUCGCGGCCGAUGGGGGACAUUACCGAUUUGAGAGUGCAGACCGAGCCGGCUUUGGAGGCUUUCUGCGCGGAGUUGAUGGAAUUGAGGACAAGACCUUAUGCCAACGAGUCGGUCUUGCUCGGUCUCACGCUCGGCUUUGCGAGAGCCUUGCACGGAACCGGGUCGAUGUCGAGUUUGUUGCAACACGAGGACGACCGCGCGACGUUGAACAGGAUCGUCGAGGAAGAGCAGGAAGCCAUCUUGGAUCACGUACGGCGGAGAAGAAGAGAAUCGAUCAGAGACGACGACUCUUGGAUCAUCGGCUUUGGGAAAGGUUAUGAGAGGGCUGUCAGGGCUGUACAGGAUCACGCUUGA